UUAUUUAUUUUUUUUAUUAUUUUCCACUCCGAUUCUCUCUCCUUUUUUCUUUUUCUCUCUCUCUCUCUCUCUCUGAAAUUCUCCGUCUCCGUUCACUGUGCUUGAAGAACUUUAUCUUAUAUUUAUUCUUUGUUUUUGGCCAUUGAAGACCCGCUUUACAGUUCAAGCUAUACGCUAAUUUUCGUCUUUCUUUUUUCUGAUUUUUGUGUGUUCUUCUUCGUAUUAUCAUUGCGUACAAUGAGCGAACCAGAGGAGAGAUUUUCCGGCUUAGAUCCAGCGUUCGCCGGUUAUGGAAAAUGCAGCAGCAAGAUGAGUAUGGAAAAGAAGAAGGAAAUAAUCCAUGAGAUUGUUCUAAAGUCCAAAGCCGCCACUGAAAUUCUUAGGUCUUUUACCCGUAGGGAGCUACUUGAGAUCAUCUGUGCUGAAAUGGGGAAAGAAAGGAAGUACACAGGAAAUUCCAAAUCUCAAAUGAUAGAGCACCUUUUGAAGUUGUACUCUCAGAAAUCCGAUGUUUCUUUACUAGACAAAACCCAAACUGGCCAUAAGAGGCCCCGAAACACGGACCGAUCAUCGGUUGUGCUUUCGGAUUCGAAUAACAACACUUCCUUGGAGACUGAUGAGGAAUUUUCUGAAGUCAAAUUUUGUCAGAAUGUGGCUUGUAAAGCACCUCUAAAUCCAGUUUUUGCUUUUUGUAAGAGAUGUUCAUGUUGCAUCUGUCAUUGUUACGAUGAUAACAAGGAUCCAAGUCUUUGGCUGACCUGUGGCUCUGACCCUUCUAAUGAGAACGAUUCUUGUGGAAUGUCGUGUCAUUUGGAGUGUGCCCUGAAGCAUGAAAGGUCUGGAAUUGUGAAGAAUAGUCUCUGUGAAAAGCUAGAUGGAAGUUUUUACUGCAUCUCGUGUGGAAAGAUCAAUGGAUUGAUGGGAAGUUGGAGAAGACAACUGCUAAAUGCCAAGGAGGCCAGAAGAGUGGAUGUACUAUGUCUUAGACUAUCCUUGUGUCACAAGAUUCUUGUAGGGACAAAUCUACACAAAGAAUUGCACAAAACAGUAGAAUUGGCCGUGACUAUGCUGACAAAUGAAGUGGGGCCCCUCCAUGAGGUUUGCUUAAGGAUGGCAAGGGGUAUUGUCAAUCGGCUGUCCUGUGGUGCGGAGGUCCAGAAACUAUGUGCUUCUGCUGUGGAGGCCUUUGAUUCUAUGUGUUGCGGCCCUUACAGAGAUUGUAUGCAAAAGAGAGAAACAUUGAACUGUGAGAUUCUAUUUGAAGAUUCUUCCCCUACCUCUGUGGUUGUUGUGCUCCAAUAUGAUGAUCAUCUGUUAAAAGACUUCUUAGGCUGCAGGCUUUGGCACCGUAAAGCGAACGCCGAGGAUUAUCCCGACCAGCCAUCUUUCAUUGCAUUGAAGCCAGAAAAAAAGUUCAAGAUCAAUGAUCUUCUUCCUUCAACUGAGUACUACUGCAAGGUUUCUUUAUUUAGUAGCACACAAGUGUUUGGUGUUUGGGAAGCCAAAUGGGUCACCCCCAAAUUAUCAUCACCAUGUCCAGCUUUGGGGAAGCAUAGAAAUGGAGAAAUUAGGAACUCUGAAAUACUUCAUUCUCGGGCGGAUUCAAAAAACAACCCGACGAAUCUUCAUCCAUUGGAUGGAGGAUUCUACAAGAGCAAAUUUGAAGGGCUUUACAAAAAUCCCUCUCCAAAGAACUCAAUCACUUCAAUGAAACCAAUAUCAGUUUGUCCUUCCACCCCUUGUAAAAUAAGCGAGACACGUACCCUUCUCGGUUCGAAUUGUAAAAGAAGAGCUGAAGAGUCCGACUACGAUUAUUCUGUUAGAAUGGUGAAGUGGCUAGAGCACGAAGCGCACAUCGACGAGGAUUUUCGAGUGAAGUUCCUGACUUGGUUCAGCUUGAAAGCAUCGGUGAAAGACCGAAGAGUUGUUUGUGCUUUUGUCGAUGCUUUGAUCGACGACCCACCGAGCUUGGCGGGUCAGCUAAGCCACACCUUCAUGGAUGAGAUCUUCUGUAACCAGAAACCUACUUCUAAGCAUGAAUACUGCAAUUGGAUAUGGCGUUAAAAGCUGUAGGUAAUGUAGGCUGUCUCUUAUAGAUUUGAACAUACCAUAUCUGGCGCUAGUGUGAAACAAACAAGCGAAGUAUGUAGGCCUUUUUGUGACUGCUGGCUGGCUGAUUUGAUCAUGCUGUACUUGGUUUUGGGCUUUUGGAAUGUCACUUUCAGAUGCUGUUCAUACGGUUCAACUUAUUCAUGAAACAGUUGUUUCCGAUGCGUCAAACAGGAAACUGUAUGGAGCUUUGUUUUUUCUUUCCUCCUCAGAGCUCACGUGGUUAGACUGUUUAACUGAUGACGUGGAUUGCCAAGUGGCAUCUUUCGCUCACCUGGUUAGACUGUUUAACUGAUGACUUGGAUUGCCAAGUGGCAUCUUUCUGCACUAAUCAAUUGCUGGAAUAUUUCCUUUUA